CAUUGCGCGGGCCACGCCCUGUGGUCACAUGACCUGCUGUCUCGCUGGACGGCGUCUCCUCCACGCCCAAUCGAAGCUUGUUACUUUUUUAAAAAAAAUAUAUAUCUUUAUUACAUCUUAUUCUGUUCACGGUCACCGGGUGAUGCUUUUGCAGAAGACAGCCCACGUGACCAGCAAAUAAACUACGUCUCCCAUCAUACCUUGCGGAGCGGCAGGUGCGUGAUGACGUUGUGUUGCUAGGCGAUAAUCCUCAUCUCGGGUACUAAGUGAAAGACUUCACAAUGCCUGAAGUGAAAUCAAUGUUCCGGGAGGUGCUCCCUAAACAAGGACAGCUUUGUGUAGAAGAUGUACCUGCUAUGGUUUUGUGCAAGCCAAAGCUACUGCCGCUGAAAUCGGUAACUCUUGAAAAGUUGGAAAAGAUGCAGCGUAACGCACAAGAGACCAUUCGUCAACAAGAAAUGACAGAAAAAGAUCAGCUUGUGAACCAAUCCUGAAUAUGAAGACCAGAUAUGAAAGUUAAACAAAUGCUCUUCAGCAUUAUGUUUUAUAUACAUGAGUACAUCAUUCAAAAAUAUAUUGUAUAUUGAGCGCUGUAAUGUAGUCACUUUUGGUGUAAUGUAGCCUGUAAGGUCCAUUCUAGAGGACCCUGCAAUUUAUUUUUUAACGCUUUGCCAUAGUGAGCACUCUAGAAUAUGUAAGAUGCUUGUGUGAGUGCUUACCAAUAGGGGGCAUCACCAUAGAAUGCAUUCAAACUGCACAGAACUUGAGAACUACAUUUUAGAUAUAUUCCUUUGAGACAUGAAACAUUAACAAGAUAAGGUGUCUGUAUAUAGAGACAAGCCCACUUACUUUUAUGUGUUCAAAAGAAUAAUGGAACACAAUGCAGUACAGAUAUACAGAAUACAAACCAGGGACACCAGUAACAUUAAUUAUAGAAAUGGAGCCAAUAAUUUCCAAAGUGAUCUGUGUGGGACUGCAGAUAUACCGCUCCUACCCUUGAACACGGGCACACAGUAGAACCACAUACUUGGAUUACAAGGUGACUUACCAUUCAUGAAAAGCGGCAAGUCGAACAGCCUAAUUCCUGUGGCUUGAACUCUUGACGGAUCCACUGCCGGAGGUAUCGAGCACAGUUUCAACUCGUAUCCAACUCCUUUCUGGUGUCCCACUCAACAGUCUCGUAUUUUCAUUGGUAUUAACGUCAUGAAACAAAGAGAGGUUCAUGCUCUGUUUACUCUGUUGUAUAUCCCUGGUUACCUGGCAUCAUCAGCAGGCAUACUGUAAAAAGGAAGCGCCCAAUUCUGUUAUUAUACACUUUUUGUCAUCGGAGUCCUGUAAAAAAGGGCACAAAACAGUGUAUAAAUAUAAAAAUCAACAGUUUUAUUUGUAAUCCAUUAAAAACAGAUGUAAAUGCUUACAAGUUUGACCCUUUGUGAUCUGCUUUUAAUGGAUUACAAAUAAAACUUUGAUUUUUAUCUUCAUACACUUUUUUGUGCCCUUUUUUUCUGGACAUGAAUCGGGUUGAGAUUGUUAUAUAAAAUGUUUAAUUCUGUGUAUUAGUAAUCUGUCAUUUAUUUAUUGUUCCUCUAAUAAAUCUGUAUACGUGUCUUUGUUAUGAUGGUGGAAAACCUACUCAUCUCCUAUCCCAUAUUAAAACUAAAUGUUCUGGAUUUAGAAGUAUUGAAAAUAUCACUAAUCUACAGAAUGCAAAGACUGACAAAUGACAGUAUUGAAAAAAUAUUGUUCUGCGUGAUGGAGAUAGAUUUAGUUCACUGUGCUAAUAAAGAGGUGAAGAACAGAUGUUCUUAUUAAUCCUCUUCUGAUGCUCUAAUCACACAAAUUGUGCGUUUAUAGCCGCUUGACAUUUGUGCUGUUGUAGAAAUGUUUACUUAUGUGCUUCUUCAAUAAAUUUUAAAGCUAAAAA